GCAUGUUGUUACCGGAGUUGUGUCAAAGGUCAAAACUCUACGCUCCAAUGUUGUGAACGAAGUGGAAACUGAUGAAACAUUUGACAGCUAAGAGAAGCUUGCUAAUUUACUUAUUAUUUAACCUUUGAUAAUAAGCACAUUUAUGCUUUUUAGAUCAUUAAGAUUGUUAGGUAAAUUUUUAUUUGAUCAAGGUCGAUAUUGUUAAGCUUUAUAACUUACUUUUAUAAUGACUUUAGUCUUUACUGACAAACUAGCAAGCUAACUAGCAAGAGCUAAUAGCAUUUACUAACGUUAAUUGUUAACGUUAGCUAGCUACCCAUAUCUGCACUCCGGUGGAGUUAGUGGAAAUGUAACUAGCUUAUUUUUCAGUUUGAUAGUAUGAACUGAGUAAUGCUAUUUACCUGCAAUUAUUAAAGACAAAUAGCAAGCAGUGAUUGAUCAUUUUAGUCACGUAGCUAAAAGCUAGCAGCUUGCUACUGUAGCCAUCACUGAACAUAGGAACAAUGACACUCGCCCCGAAGGAGCUGUCCAACCUCUUGGGUAUCAUCUCUGAGGAAGCUUGCACCAACACUUUUGAAAGUCUGUCAACCGCCUUUCAUCAUUACUUCGCAAAGGCCGAACAUUUCCGAGUGGGUUCGGUGUUGGUGAUGCUGCUGCAACAGCCGGAUCUUCUGCCCAGCUCUGCCCAGCGCCUCACCGCCCUCUACCUUCUCUGGGAGAUGUACCGCACAGAGCCUCUUGCCGCCAACCCCUUUGCCGCUGUCUUUGCUCACUUGCUGAACCCCUCACCAGUUGGGGAGGAACAGGAGAAACAACUGUCAGGUGAGUGUGUCCUGACUCCUAUCAGUUUGCAUAGUGAUAAGUAUUGUUCAAAGUUUUCACGACCUGUGUGUGUGUGUAAAGUGUGUGUUGCUUUCAUCCACAGGUAGUUAAGUCAUGUCUCAACCCAGGUCUAUGCAGAACAUCCACAUUUCAAAUACUUACACACUGAUCAUUGUACUGUCCACAGGAUUCUUGCCACCCAUAACACAGCCUGAGAAGUUCUUUCUCUCCCAGCUGAUGCUGGCACCUCCAAGGGAACUCUUCAAGAAAACUCCCAGACAGGUGUCAUGCAUGGACAUGGGAAAUAUGCCACAGUCUAUAGAUAUUAGUGGGCUGCAGUUGGCCUUGGCAGGUACAGUACCUGAAUGUAUGCACUCAUGUAUGUUGUAUGGAGGAUGGUUAUAGAACCUCAAGAAUUUUAGGCAGCUCAAAAAUAGUUAUGUAUGAUUAGGAUCUCAAAGUUAGGAUUCCACCCACAGAUGUUUGCCUGUGUUGAGACAUAACACCUCUCAUAUAUUUACUGUAGUAUAACAUACAGUUCUUUACACUUUACUAUGCUGCAUUUCUAACACUUUAUAUGUAAACUCUCUUAUCUCUCUCUCUCCCCUUGACCCUGCAGAGCGCCAGUCAGAGCUACCCACCCAGAGUAAGGCCAGCUUCCCCAGCAUCCUCAGCGACCCGGACCCAGAUUCCUCCAACUCUGGGUUUGACAGCUCAGUGGCCAAUCAGAUCACAGAGUCCCUGGUCACUGGGCCUCGACCUGCACUGGAGAGUAAGUGGAGCAUUUAAUCAAUCACGAUGUUAUGAGUCUAUCUGUUAUGUUUAUGGAGGACAUAAAUUAGGAGUAUGUCUAUGUUAAUGUACACAAAAACAUAUUUUGUAUUUUCAUUAGCUUGGUAUUGUAAUGAUACAGGAAUGAUACAGUGAAGUACACUGUGGCCAAUUUAUAAGGUACACCCAUCUAGUACCAGGUCGACUGCCCCUUUGCCUCCAGAACAGCCGGAAUUCUUUGGGUUAUGGAUUCUACAAGGUGUGACGUUAAAACGUUGCUAAAUUGGUAUCAACAGACCUAACGUGUGCCAGGAAAACAUUCCCCACACCAUUACACCACUGCCACCAGCCUGUACUGUUGACACCAGGCAGGAUGGCCCAUCUGUGAAAAUAACCGAUGAGUUGUGCGUUCCGAGAUGCCGUUCUGCACACCACUGUUGUACUGCGCUGUUAUGUGCCUGUUUGUGGCCCGCCUGUUAGCUUGCACGAUUCUUGCCAUUCUCAUCAAUUAGCUCUUUUCGCCCACAGGACUGCCGCUGACUGGAUGUUUAUUGUUUGUCGCACCAUUCUCUGUAAUCCCUAGACACUGUCGUGCGUGAAAAGCCCAGGAGGCCGGCCGUUUCUGAGAUACUGGAACCGGCGCGCCUGGCACCAAUCAAUCAAUCAAUCAAUUUUAUUUUAUAUAGCCCUUCUUACAUCAGCUAAUAUCUCGAAGUGCUGUACAGAAACCCAGCCUAAAACCCCAAACAGCUAGUAAUGCAGGUGUAGAAGCACGGUGGCUAGGAAAAACUCCCUAGAAAGGCGAAAACCUAGGAAGAAACCUAGAGAGGAACCAGGCUAUGAGGGGUGGCCAGUCCUCUUCUGGCUGUGCCGGGUGAAGAUUAUAACAGAACCAUGCCAAGAUGUUCAAAAAUGUUCAUAAGUGACAAGCAUGGUCAAAUAAUAAUCAGGAAUAAAUCUCAGUUGGCUUUUCAUAGCCGAUCAUUAAGAGUUGAAAACAGCAGGUCUGGGACAGGUAGGGGUUCCAUAACCGCAGGCAGAACAGUUGAAACUGGAAUAGCAGCAAGGCCAGGCGGACUGGGGACAGCAAGGAGUCACCAACGAUCAAACCACUCUCAAAGUCGCUUAGGGCACUCGUUUUGCACAUUCUAAUGUUCAAUCAAACAGUAGCUAAAUGCCUCGGUGUCUGUUUGCCUGCUUUAUAUUGCAAGCCAUGGCCAUGUGACUCACUGUCUGUAGGAGCGAACCAUUUUUGUGAACUGGGUGGUGUACCUAAUAAACUGGCCACUGAGUGUAUAUAGGAUAUCCCAAGUAUCACGUAAGCCACAUACCCAGUCUGUAACAGCUACCUGUGACCCUCCCUCUCCCCAGGUCACUUCCGUCCAGAGUUCAUCCGGCCGCCCCCUCCGCUGCACGUGUGUGAGGACGAGCUGGCGUGGCUGAACCCCACGGAGCCAGACCACAGUGUGCAGUGGGACCGCUCUAUGUGUGUGAAGAACAGCACAGGCGUGGAGAUCAAACGUAUCAUGGCCAAGGCCUUCAAGAGCCCACUGUCUGCCCAGCAGCAGUCACAGGUGAGUAGACAGGUACACUGUCUACUCAAAACUGUAUUUUCAAUAUUUCAAAAAUCCUUAACCUUCGCUCGUGAAUUCAACCUGAAUAUCUCUCUUAAUAUUGCUGCCUCUCUCCCUACAGCUCCUGGGUGAGCUGGAAAAGGAUCCUAAGCUGGUGUACCACAUCGGUCUGACCCCGGCCAAACUGCCUGACCUGGUGGAGAACAACCCUCUGGUGGCCAUCGAGAUGCUGCUCAAACUGAUGCAGUCCAGCCAGAUCACUGAGUACUUCUCCGUCCUGGUCAACAUGGACAUGUCCCUGCACUCCAUGGAGGUGGUCAACAGGUGGGGACUUUGGAUAGAAUUCAGUUUUCAAUAUAGGUAUAGUUUUAAAAUAUGUUUAUUUGUCUGUGUAUUUAUGUGAGGUAAUUUUUUGUGUGCACAGGCUGACAACUGCUGUGGACCUCCCACCAGAGUUCAUUCACCUGUACAUCUCCAACUGUAUCUCCACAUGUGAACAGAUCAAAGACAAGUACAUGCAGGUAAGGAGGAGGAAAGGCCAUGACAGGAGCCUGUAGCUAACUGUUUGACCUGUCAGUCACAUUAAAAUGCUUGUCUUACCAGAGGAUGCAUGCCACUUCCUUUCUCAGAAGAUUGUAACUGGAAGUUAAUUUGUGGGUUGUCCCCGUUCAAGAUGACUGUUCACUACUAAUGUUAGUCAAUGCGCCACUGUGUUUAGCCAGUGUUCCAGAUGUGUGUCUGUUUCCAUUGGCAGAACCGCCUGGUGCGCCUGGUGUGUGUGUUCCUGCAGUCUCUGAUCCGGAACAAGAUCAUCAACGUGCAGGACCUGUUCAUCGAGGUGCAGGCCUUCUGCAUUGAGUUCAGCCGCAUACGGGAGGCAGCUGGCCUCUUCCGCCUCCUCAAGACCCUAGAUACAGGAGAAACCCCCCCUGAGACCAAAUCUGCCAAAUAACAGUACAUAUAGAACGUGGCAGUAGCCUGACCUGCCAAAUAACACCCCCUGGGGAGUAAGCCCACAGAGGCACAAUCCGCUAAAUAGCGCCCCAACCAAGAGAUACUGACCAAGGCUGUAUAACCACCCAGACAAUCCUCACGAUCUCACCAGUACCCACCUGGAGUCAGGUUUGAACUCGGUUACUGUUUUUCCCCUCUUUUCUGGACAAAGAUGGACAUAUUUUGAAACAGUGUUUUUUCCCCCUCCUUCAGAGGUUGAAGCUUGUCGGUUUUGUUUCAUUAAAUGGGUAUGUGAUGAACUAUCUGGGUUUUUGGCUUGUAUUUUCUACAGAGUCAUACUGUACAUGCGAAUAUAGGAUUGGCGGGUUUAUUUUGAAUGAGUUCUCUGUUUUUCCGUGAACUAGAUGGUUUAUCACAUGAGUAGGUUCUUAAUGCAGAACAACU